AACAUGCAUCCUCAGUUCCUCACAUCCAAGAAACUCGAUCGAUGAUCGAUCCUCCCAACUCCCAAGGCCUCAUCAUCGCCACCUUCGUAGAUACUUCCCACGUCUAAUUAAUAUCUCUCUCGCAAAUGUUAAGACUCAAGAGAGAGGGCAAAAGAUAGUGAGUGCAGUCAUGGAAGUCUCUGAUGUAGUAGAAGAAGAAGAUAAAAGUACUGAAGAAACUCAGCAGGAGGAAUAUGAAGUACUUCCUCAACAUCAACAACAACUCAAAGGGAAGAAAAUUUCAUGGCCAAAGUUGCGAAGAUACGACUCCUUAGACAUCGAAUCCAGAACCGUCAAGGGUCAUGCUCAUGGCCAUGGCUCCAAGGGUGUCGGGUGGUCGGUGGUGUUGCAUCUAGCAUUCCAGAGCAUUGGAAUUGUGUACGGGGACAUUGGCACAUCACCUCUAUAUGUGUACUCCAGCACCUUCUCAAGCGGCAUCAUCAACCAUAACGACGACAUUUUGGGUGUUCUUUCUUUGAUAUUUUACACCCUCACCUUGAUCCCUUUGGUCAAAUACGUUCUUAUCGUCUUACAGGCCAACGAUAAUGGUGACGGAGGGACAUUUGCAUUGUAUUCUCUCAUAUGCCGAUAUGCGAAGGUGGGUUUGAUCCCGAGUCAGCAAGCAGAGGACCAGGAGGUGUCGAAUUUCCAGCUUGAGUUGCCGAGCAGCCGUCUAAAGAGGGCGUCAACGCUCAAGUCUAAGCUGGAAAACAGCCGGUUUGCCAAGAUCUUCCUUUUGUUCGCCACCAUGCUCGGCACUUCCAUGGUGAUUGGCGACGGCGUUCUCACUCCUUGCAUCUCCGUUUUGUCAGCAGUGGGAGGGAUCAAGCAAGCUACGUCUACAAUGACGGACAAUAUGAUUGUUUGGAUAUCAGUUGCCAUCUUGAUCUUCCUAUUUAUGAUUCAAAGAUUUGGAACUGACAAAGUGGGCUAUACCUUUGCUCCAAUAAUUUGCGUUUGGUUCGCAUUCAUCGGGGGCAUUGGCAUUUACAAUUUCAUCAAAUUUGAUCCAACUGUUAUCAAGGCCAUAAAUCCAAAAUACAUCGUUCAAUAUUUCCAAAGGAACAAAAAAGAAGCAUGGAUAUCCCUUGGUGGCAUUGUGCUUGCCAUAACAGGAACUGAAGCCUUAUUUGCCGAUGUCGGCCACUUCACAGUUCGGUCGAUACAAAUAAGCAUGUGUUCCUUGACAUACCCAGCACUCGUGUUUGCAUACACUGGUCAAGCUGCCUUCCUCCGCAAGAACAUGAACCAUGUUGCAGAAACCUUCUUCGAGUCAAUACCAGGUCCUUUGUAUUGGCCAGUGUUUGUUGUAGCCGUAUUGGCAGCCAUUAUAGCUAGUCAAGCUAUGAUUUCAGGAACUUUCUCUAUAAUCCAACAAUCCUUGUCAUUGGGAUGUUUCCCUCGUGUGAAAAUUGUGCAUACAUCGGCUAAGUAUGAAGGACAAGUUUACAUACCAGAAAUCAAUUACCUUCUUAUGCUGGCUUGUGUAGGGGUCACUUUAGGAUUCAGAAGCACCGCAAGGAUUGGCAAUGCAUACGGGAUUGCAGUGGUAUUUGUCAUGACUCUCACGUCUUCCUUUCUCGUACUAAUCAUGAUCAUGAUAUGGAAAACCCACAUACUUCUCAUUAUCUUCUAUGUUCUUGUCAUUGGCACUGUGGAGCUUCUGUAUUUAAGCUCGGUGCUCUACAAAUUCGACCAAGGAGGAUAUCUUCCACUAGCCUUCGCCGCAGCACUAAUGACUAUUAUGUAUAUUUGGAACUAUGUGUAUAGAAGAAAGUAUUACUAUGAGCUUGAUCACAAAAUCUCUUUGGAUAAGCUCAAGGAGGCUCUCACUGGCACAAACAUUUGUCAAAUACCUGGGCUUGCAAUUUUCUAUUCAGAGCUUGUUCAGGGCAUCCCGCCUAUUUUCAAGCACUAUGUUGCAAACGUUCCUGCAUUGCACUCGAUCCUUGUUUUCGUUUCCAUCAAGUCAUUGCCCAUCAGCAAGGUUCCGGUGGAAGAGCGUUUCCUCAUCCGUCGAGUGGAGCCUAAGGAGCUCAAUGUGUUUCGUUGUGUUGUGAGAUAUGGAUACAUGGACGUGCGUAAUGAGCAAGAGCCUUUUGAGAUCUUGUUGAUUGAAAGGUUGAAGGAGUUCAUUGUAGAUGAUUUUUGGUUUUCCCAAAGAAUGCUCAUCAACAAUGAUGAAAAUAAUGGAGAGAAUGAUGAUGAAAAUAAGGAUGUAAGGCAAGUUGAUGAAGAGAAGCGACAAGAGGCCGUGCAGAGAGAGAUUGAGGCCCUGGAAAAAGCAUGCCGCGCGGGGGUUGUCCACUUGAUUGGUGAGAAUGAAGUGGUGGCAGGCAAAUUGGCUGGUAUAGGAAAGAGAAUUUUGAUAGAUUAUGCUUACAAUUUUCUGAGGAGAAAUUUGAGACAGACUGAGAAAGUGUUUGAUAUUCCUCACAAGCGAAUGCUAAAAGUGGGCAUGACUUACGAACUUUAAAAUGAUGUGAAGAAGCUAAUUAAGGAUCGAUACACAUAUAUAGAGAUCGAGCAAAAGUAAGCAUUAAUGGUGAUGACUCAUAUAUAUAUGCCAUUUCUGAUUUGUACAUAUAGAAUAAGUUGCAGUUUACACACGAUAAAGGAAGAGCUGAUGAUCAUCUAGAUGUAAAGCUGUAUAAUAUUAGUGUCAAGAAAGUUUAAUUGGUUAUAGGCUUAAGGUAUUUUGGAUGCCCAACUCUCCAUUAAUAGGAGUCAUGGCACGUGAAAAAGGUGAUUCACGUUUGAAACCUCAGGAAAUUCUAGCAAGAAGUAUGAUCAUCCUGACAAAGUUGACGCCCCUGGCCUCCUUAGGUGCUGCUAUUGCACUGGUACUUACCUUGUUUUUUUGGUUUGUGAUGAUGUAAUAUGGAAUUAAGUGCUAUUACUGUACGUCCUUAUAUAUUAUUGUGCUCUUAUUUAUAAGCUCUAUUGGGUAUA